UUGGGUUAGCUUCCGUUGAUUAGACCUCCGCUACUGAAUUCUUAUCGUUUGCUAUCUGAUUCACAAAGCUUUAACUUGCACGUGCCACCGAAAACUUUCUUUCUGUGUAGUAUAGGCUACAUCCCGUUAAACAAACGACUGAGCUGAAGUAAUUGUGUCAUCGCCGAAAAGUGGAGCUGCACUUCUGCACACCUUUGAGCAGCAGUAUGAUGCAGGCUGGAGUCUGUCUGAGACAGGACACUGAGACAACACUACCAGAGCUCACUGAGCAGCACAGGAUCAGACUGAAAGAAGAGGAGCUCAGUGGACUGGAGUCAGAGACAGAGUGUGCUGCACCAGGACUCAGCACACUGGAGCCAGAGUGUGUUACAGCACACAGCGGGGUCAGCGAUGUACACCACACACACACAUCAGUGAUAAAAACAGAAGCUGAUCUGGGCUCCACCCACACUGGGGAUCUUAAGGCGGAGACCCUAGACUUUACAGAGCUGGGAUAUGUGACCCAUCUGCAUCCUGACCAAAUCAAAACAGAGGCUGAUGAUGGAGGAUACCUGAAGGCAGAACAGAUCAGUGACUUGCAGGAUUUUUAUAUGAAAUCUGAUAAAAUAAAGUGUGAAUCCAGUGAAAGUUUAGUGAGUGAUCUCAUGAACACUGUGAUGGAUGGAGCUGGUGUUGAUCACAAAGAUCAGGCUGAACCAUGGCAAUGUGCAGGAGAGCCAAACCCAAACUGUAAAAAAGAAGUUGGUGAUCAGCAGACUGUAAUCGAUGAGAAUAAUCAGGCCAGAAUUGCACACAAAAAGACUAAUGGAAGCAGCCAACAUUUAAAUUGUCAGAUAUUUUAUUCAAGUUAUGACCAAAGCCUUUUGAAUUUAAAGCCUUUACUAAAGAAGAAAAUUCAUACAAACGAAUAUGAAAUUCAUCCAAGUGAAAAAGCAUACAAGUGUACUACGUGUGAGAAGUGCUUUGACACUACAUCAAAUUUAAAUAGCCACCUAAUAAUUCAUACUGAUGAAAAGCCAUAUAAGUGUGCACACUGUGAGAAGUCUUUUCAUGGAAAAUCUGAUUUAAAAAGACACCUGAGAAUUCAUACAGGUGAAAAACCAUACAAGUGUGCACAGUGUGAGAAGUCUUUUCAUGCAACAUAUAAUUUAAAAAGACACCUGAGAAUUCAUACAGGUGAAAAACCAUACAAGUGUGCACAGUGCGAGAAGUCUUUUCAUGGAAAAUCUGAUUUAAAUAGGCACCAGAUAAUUCAUACAGGUGAAAAACCAUACAAGUGUGCCCAGUGUGAGAAAUGUUUUUUUCGAAAAUACGAUUUAAUUGCACACCGGAAAUUUCAUACAGGUGAAAAGCAAUACAAGUGUACACAGUGUGAGAAGUCUUUUUAUACAACAUAUAAUUUAAAAACACACCUGAGAAUUCAUACAGGUGAAAAGCCAUACAAGUGUAUGCAGUGUGAAAAGAGUUUUCACACAAAAUCUCAUUUAAAUACACACCUGAGAUUUCAUACAGGUGAAAAACCAUACAAGUGUGCACAGUGUGAGAAGAGUUUUCAUAUAAAAUCUCAUUUAAAUACACACCUGAGAUUUCAUAGAGGUGAAAAACCUUACAAGUGUACAGUGUGUGAGAAGUCUUUUCAUACAACUUCCAAUUUAAAUACACACCUAAGAAUUCAUAGAGGUGAAAAACCAUACAAGUGUACACUGUGUGAAAAGUCUUUUCAUACAAAAACCAAUUUAAAUACACACCUAAGAAAUCAUAGAGGUGAAAAACCAAACAAGUGUACACAGUGUGAGAAGUCUUUUAAUCGAAAAUCUGAUUUAAAUACGCACCUGAGAAUUCAUACAGGUGAAAAACCAUACAAGUGUGCACAGUGUGAGAAGUCUUUUAAUCGAAAAUAUGAUUUAAAUACACACCUGAGAAUUCAUACUGGUGAAAAACCAUACAAGUGUAUACAGUGCAAGAAGUCUUUUCAUACAACACAUAAUUUAAAAACACACCUGAGAAUUCAUACAGGUAUAGGACCUACAAGCGUGCACAAUGUGAGAAGUGUUUUCAUACAAAAUAUAAUUUCAAUGCAUUUAAAUUCAUAAUCUCCAAAUUUAGUUACUGUGUAUAAUUAUUUUCCCAGGUAGCUCACUGAAGUAGCCACCUGGGAAUUGUGCUUUUCCCAGAAAAAGUGCAUUAUUUCACGCAAGAUGCUUCACACCACUGAAAACUCCUACAGUGUGGUACUAGAUGUGUUUUACUGGAAAAGAUCAUUUAACUCAUGCCAGGGUAUUGAGGCAGCUGAAACUAAUCCUAACAGAUGUUUACAGUGUGCGGCGUUCUCCUAAUGGAAUGAGUUGAAUUGCCACAAUACAAGUACUUGGUGUGGAAAGUGCUUUUUACAACAUUCCCUUUACCACACAAUUGCCACCUGAGAAUUCUCACUGGUAAAAAGUGUUUCAAAUGUACUGUCUACAUUUGAAGAAAUCUCCUUUCAUGGCAAAACAGACUGAAUAGUCUGAGACAUGCGUGUAUCCUGGGAAGGGUUUUAUGAAAGAAUCUGUUACGUUGUGUGGCGGCCUGUAGUGUAGUGGUUAAGGUAAAUGACUGGGACCGGCAAGGUCGGUGGUUCGAAUCCUAGUGUAGCCACAAUAAGAUCUGCACAGAACUGAACUGCCCUUGAGCAAGGCCCUUAACCCUGCAUUGCUCCAGGGGAGGAUUGUCUCCUGCUUAGCCGUUGUUCUGGAUAAGAGCGUCUGCCAAAUGCCAGUAAGUUAAUGUAAUGUAAUGUUGUGUAGCAAGUGUUUGAAAUGUCCAAAUUUCUUAGGAAACCGAAAAUGUAUUAAGUCUUUACACAGGUUUUAAGACAAACCGUCCUCCAUUGUAUUUUGUGGGUGGUUAUUGACAGUUCAAGUAGUGAAUAAAAGGUGGUGAGCCAGUGCUUGUGCAGCGAUGUUUAAAGUUGUUCUGAUAGCCUUUCUGAUCAUAUUUGGUGAACACAUCUGAAAUGAAAUGGCUCAAUGACUUGGACAAACUGAGAUGCUAUUGAUCUUUUUAUAAUGAGUGUUUGUGACUUCUGUUUUGCUUUUGUUUUUUUUGUUUUAAGUAUUUCAUUCCGUGUAAAAUGUAAUUCGCAAUUUAUUUAGGGGUGAUAUUUUUUGAUGAUGAAAUUGACACCGGUGUAAUUUUGAAAGACCCAAUGUGAAAGCUAUUUGCAUAUACUGUUGACAGAAAAAUUGUAAGAUGUAUUGCCAAAAAUGAAAAUUAAUUUGACACUACCGGCCUCAUAGGAUAUGUAUUUUCUUAGACCGCCGUUAUUCAGUGUUCAAUAUGAAUUGUGACAUUCUGAAAUAAUUUUACAUGGUGCACAUCCCAAGGCCUUUAUGCCUUGUACAUUUGUAAAUUCACAGUGUCCCACUCCUUGUGAAUAUGAGUUCAUUCCUGUUGCAUAACCCAUGAGACUAAUUGUGCAAUAAAUACAUUUGAUUCAG